GAAGUCGUUGUGGAGGAGGAGCGGAAACAAGCUGGUGGCGGAGGCAAUGCAGUUACUGUGGAGUCUCUGGAUGAAGAAGCUCAAAGCGGCCAGGCUGUCAAAGAUUGGCGAGUGCCAGAGCUGGCGGACGGGAGGUGGCGAUGCAAAUGACGGAGGCCACAUGAUCUGCCAGGAGGCCACGCAGGUGAUUGUGCCGCUUGGGGCGCUGUAUCUGCUGGGCUACAAGAUCCGGUGGGAGGAGGGGAUCUGCCGAAUUAAACAUGCCAGCCGGGGGCCGCUACCGGUCAGGAUGAGACAAUUCUGCCCCGAGGUCCCUACGGAGGUGGCGUUGAGGUUGGUCGAAGAGUUGGAGGAGUUCAACAAGGGCCUUCUGAGAAGGGCGAUGGUGUCGGCCGAGAGGAGCGACGGAAGGCAGGAAGGAAAGAAGGGUGACAGGAAGAGCCGGAGCGGGGAGGUAGCGAAGGCUUGGAGAGAUGGUGAGAUGGAAAAGGUGAAACAGCUGUUUCCGGAGGUGCCGGAGCCCAUCAUGGAGCAGGCGCUGGGCUCUGGUGGCGGGAAAGGAUCCGCGUGGAACAGGGCGGCGAGGAGGAGGCAUGCAAGGUCGGCAGGAGUGAUCUUGCACUUGCUCGCUGGGAAGAGCGCGAAGAAGUUCAACUACGGCGAACUGGACCGGGAGGUGGUAUCUUGGGACGAGGAGAUCGAUGAUCGCUUUGGAUAUGAGGAGAUCGGUGAGGAGAAAAGGAAGAAGGUGGAGGGCGACACGAUCCUGAUGUUGCGCAUGUGGAUCUUGAGCACCAAGAGCUACGUUCGGGAGGAGGAGUGGCAGAGGGCUAAGGCGCGGGGGGGCGUGCCACCAUCGGUGGUCACGGCGUUGGAAGAGGUGGGCUUCGAGGACGGAGCCAUUGGAGAAAAGCCCCCCCCGGCAUGGUCCACGUUGGCGAUCGAUGUGACGGGCCCGUUUAAGGUGUCGGAAGAGGGGCAUCGCCACUUGCUGGUGGGUUCAUAUGUCACGGCGGUCUCGGGCGGCAUGGCCAAGGAAGAAGAUGUCGCGGCGGAAGAGAUAGGAGACGAGGAUCCGUUUGAGGAGCUGGCUGAGGAGCGAGGAGCGGUCAGAGGAGAAGAGGAAGAAGAGGGAGGAGAAGAAAUAGGGGAGGAAGGCGAGCACUUGGCCCCGGGGGGGCAAGAAGGAGUGGUCACCAGAACUCUCACGCUGGUGGAGCCGCUGAAGAGUCGGAGAGCCGUGGAGGUGAUUGCGGCGCCCCAAUCUAUGGUGGCAAGGCUCCGGUGGUGGGGAUUUGAGGUCACUCGCCUGCACUCGGACCGGGGACGAGAGCUGGUGUCGACAGCAUUGAGAAGGUGGGCGGUGAGUCAUGGGCUGCACCGGACGCUGUCAAGCUUCGAUGAGCCGCAGGCUAACGGUAGAGCGGAGGCGGCUGUCGGAUGGGUGAAGAGGAAGGCAAGGGCACUGCUGCUGGCGGCGGAG